UUUUGUUUUAAACCCACGGAUUCGUUUCUUUCCCUCCCUCGCCAGCGAAAGAUCCCCGUGCUUUAGGGUUUCUCUUAGCGGGAAUCGGCGACUGCAGCGUCUGAGAGAAGAGGAGGCGAGGAAGGGAGCGAUUCGAUUCGAUUCCAGCCAUGGCGGGCGACGAAGGAACCCCACAAACCCCUGCUCGACGAGUCACCAGAUCCUCCUCCGCCACACCCUUAAAACCCUCGCUCGUCACCCCGAAUCUACUACCACCGCCAACGCAUCCUCCUCCUCUGGAAUCACUCUGUACGGAGCCCAUGUCUACGGACGAUCUAUUGGCCCUUCUCCCGGGCCGAAAAUCCCAAAUCCUCGAGUUCUUGCGCGUGAUCGGGCCCCCGAACUCCGCGAUGUUCCCGGCCCUCCUGUGCGGCGGUCCUUCGACUGGCAAGACCAUCACGAUUCUCCACGUGUUCCGGCUUUUGCGCCGGCGUUUUGCGUACGCCAGCUGCCGAUCCUGUUACAGCCCUCGGAUCUUGUUCGAGACCGUGUUGAACCAGUUGCUGUGCCAUAGGAGGAGUCGGGAGAAUGGGUAUUCCAGUGCCAAACGCUGCGAGAGGGCGUCCGAUUUCGUGAAUCUUCUCAGAGAUGCUCUGACUCGGGCGAUAACUGCUCCCAGAGAUGAAAGGAAGAAAUCUUGCUCCAAGGAGGGUCACGGCGAUGGAAUUGGUGAGAUGAUUUAUCUGGUAUUCGACAAUGUGGAGCUUAUCAGGUCGUGGGACAAGGGAUCUGAAAUCCUCCCGUUGCUGUUCAGAAUGGCCGAUGUGUUGAAGACUCCUGCAGUCGGUCUGAUUUAUAUAAGUAGGGCAAUGCCUGAUGCUUAUUACUCGAUGACUGGAUCAGUGGAGCCAAUUAGCAUUUACUUCCCUGAUUACACUGUCGAUGAUCUCCAUACCAUAUUCAUGAGAAACCAAGUCAAUCAGAAGUUAUAUUCUUCUUUCUUAAGCAUAGUUUUGAAGCCAUUUUCCAGAGUUACUAAACGUGUUGAUGAGCUAGCAACUGCGUUCGACCCAUUGUUUAAGAAAUAUUGUGAACCACUAACUGAUGUGAGCCUGGUUCCCGAUGAGGCUAUGAAGCGAAAGUUAUUUGAUCACCUGCAGCCACACUUGACAGCUUCACUGAACGAGAUAUUCACGGUUACUCCUUGGUCACUUGUUGAAGUUGCCAAGGAGCGUACUUCCAAGAGGGGACAUAUAAGGAAACUAUGUGGGAAGGAGGUUUUCAGUGAGUUGGAUAUUCAUAUGUCAACCUCUACGAAAUACCUCCUCAUUUCUGCAUUUCUUGCUUCGAGGAACCCAGCUACUCUUGAUGCAGCACUGUUUGACUCUACUGGAGGUUCCAAUAAUCGUAAGCGAAAGAGGAAGAGCACACAUACGUCCUUGGACCAACAAGAGGAUAUGGCAGAAGAAGUUCUCAUGAAGGGACCUGGAACCUUUCCUUUAGAGAGGUUGUUGGCUAUAUUUCAGUGUAUCACAUCAGUGAUGGAUUGUUCCGUUGAGGAAGAUCAGUUCGAAGAUGGAGUGCUGACAGAAGGUUCAAAUGUCUGGCUAAUGUCUGAUGCUCUAUUGCAGUUGUCUACUCUAUGCAAUGCCAAUUUUAUAUGUAAAAGUGGCAACUUCCAGUUAGAAGGUUCAACACGUUAUCGAUCUAUGAUAGACGAAGAUAUGGCCUUGAAGGUGGCAAGGAGUAUAAACUUUCCACUGUCGAAGUACUUAUAUAGAAGAUAGGUUUCCCAUUUGCUAUCAUGGUUUUGGCGGCCUCAAAUGUAAUAUUAUAUAUGAGAAUUGGGACCUGAUCAGAUAAAAAUGCAGAG